UCACCUGCAACGUCUCCGCCAUGCUGUUGGGCGCCAUGUGGCUUCUCCUGCAGAUCGCCGCGGUCGGCGCGGCGGAGCUUCUCCCGGAUUUCUAUUUCCGAGGUGGUGAAAAGGACCACUUCGAGCUGGGUUUGGCCAUGGGUCAAGCCUACCAGGCUGCCAUCAGAGAGAGGGUGGCCGCACAUGCGCCCCAGCUGGAGCAACUGCUGAAUGAGCAGCGUUGCCAGGAGCAUUUCGGGAAGCUGCUGGCAACACAUCAGAGGCUGGUCCCAGAGCUGUUAGAGGAGCUUCGCGGCAUCAGCAGCGGCAGCGGUGUGGAGUUUCGGCUGCUUCUGGGUGUCAGCCUGCAGGAGGAAUUGGGCUAUUGCAACGCCUCGGCGAGACGGAAGGGUCCAGACCACUGCAGCGAUUACAUGCUUUGCAACUCCCAGCACUGCUUCGAUGUGCACAACGAGGAUGGCGACCUCCCAGACCGGAAGCUCUUUGUGGCGCAGGUGCAACUGGGUGCCCUGAAUUUCACUGCGGUGAACUAUGCAGGGGACCUGCUGGGAGGGAUGUCAGCACUGGCCUUCAAUUCCCAGGGCCUGGGCUUCUCCUUGAACUGGGUGGGUCCUGGCACCUGCGAUGUUUCGGGGCUGGGGCGGAACUUUGUGAGCCGGCAGCUGCUGACAGCGCAAGGCUGGGAUGAGGCCAAGAGUAUCGUUGCGCAGAAACAUGCUGCAGGUCACAACUACCAGCUGCUGGACUUUGCCCAUCGCCGCAUCUCCAACUUUGAAGUGGCGCAUGACAAGGUUUCGGAGAAGGUGAUCGAUCAGGCGUUUUUCCAUGCCAACCAGUACCAAACCCUGGAGGUUCCUGGUCAGAUCACCGGCAACAGCUCCCUCCACCGCCUAGCGCGUGCCCGGCAGCUGCCGGUGCCCCGCACGGCGGCGGAGGCGCUGGAGGUGCUGGGGGAUCAGCAGGACCACGCGUAUCCCAUCUUCCACGACCAGCUCAGCCACCGCCUGGGUGACCAAUCGGAUUGGACGUUGGCCUCGGUACUCUUCGAUCUGCAGGAGGGCCGAGUGGACCUGAUGGCUGGCAACCCCAAGGAUGGCGUGGUGCAGCGGACCUUCCAGGUGCCAAAGCAGCGUACUGAGCACAUUGUCGUUUGAUGACAGGCGAGCACAACAAAUUGAACAUGAGGAAGUAGAACGUCUCGCUGCAUGCCCGUCAAAAAAGAA